AUGGGCAGUGCGCAGGGGCGACCGACGGCCGUCCGCAGCUCGUCGCCGCGCCGCGCGAGCGUGCUGGCGCCGACGGCCUUUGACCAGCACGCAGUCCUCGACCCGUCCGAGUCGCUCGCGUUCACGCUGAUUCCCAACACGUCGCCGGUUGCACUCCUCACGCUGCACAACGUCGGCGCCACGGUGCUCACGUUCGCCGUGCAGACCAAGGCAGCGCACGCGCACCGGUUCUUCGCCGACCCGCCGCAAGGCAUCGUCGGCCCCGGCAAGUGCGCGACAGUCGUCGUCGGGCUCAAGCAAGGCUUUUGCCGUGCUUUCCUGGCGGCCGCGCCCGACGACCGGUCGCACGAGCCGUACAGCCUGCUCGUCCACGGCCUUUUGGGGCGCCGCCAAGACGACGACGGCGUCGCCGCCCGUGCACUCUAA